CUGCGCCGCCCGUGGUCUCGCCCGGCCCGCCCGUUCCCGGUGCCCUUGGCGCGGCCGCUGCGGGUCCCGGCGCUGGCGCGAGCAGCGGUAAUGGCGGGGUCGCGCGUGGGGCGGGAUCGGGAUCGGUCGGACCUCCCUGGGAGCGCCUCGCCCUGUCCCCUACCCCUUCGGCCGGGGCACGGCGGCGGGCGGGAGCGCCCCUCAGCCCUGGGGCUUUAUGGCGCUAUUGCUGCUGGAGGGGCGGUCGGCGUCCCGGGCAGGCCGGGGCGGCUCAGCCGGGAGGUGGUGGGGCCGUGUCCCGAGCCCGCGGCCGGGCCCGGGGGUCCCGCGGGGGGUGCUGCGGGGCCGCCCCACAGCGGCCGCGGCGGGAGCGGGGCUCGCCCUCGGGACCCGGCCGGGCUCCGAGCCCUUGGCUGUGUGUGACAGACUUCACCGGUAUCGCGUGUAAGCCCCCAGUCGGGAAGGCUUUGGUUGGGUUGGAAAGGUUUGCUGGGGCUCGUUAGUCUGGAGAAGAGAAGAAUGCGAGGGGAUCUCGUUAAUGCCUGUCAAUACCUCAAAGGUGGGUGCCAGACUCUUUCAUUGGUGCCCAGCAACGGGGCAAGGAGCAGUGCCCAUAAACUAAAACACAAGACGUUCUGCCUCAAGAUGAGGAAGGACUUCUAUAAACUGAGGGUGACAGAGCACUGCACAGCUGGUCAUGGAGUCUCCCUCUCUGGAGACAUUAAAAAACCACCUGGAUGUGUUCCUGUGUCAUCUGCUGCAGGUGAUCCUGCCUUGGCAGGGAGGUUUGACUGGAUGAUCUCAAGAAGUCCAUCCCAGCUGUCAUAAUUCUGUCAUUCUGUGAUUUUAGAAAUGUUCUUCCUUAUUUCAGAACUGUCCUUUCUUAUCUGUCAGCUCCCCACUAAAUAUACAACUUGUCUUUGAUACUUGACACAGAUAAUAAAAUGUCCUACAGGAGUUUAGGCUAUGAAAGUGUUCCUAAGGUUUUACAGAGCAGCAAACUUCUGUAGAGUUGCUUUAAUGAGUAAAUUAAAGAGAUGUGUCUAUUUCUGUCCUGUUUUAGGAUGAAAUUCUUUUUCCCAUGGUGAACAGUUAGGAUUAUUUCUAAGAAACCCAGGUAUGGGUUUGAGAACAGCAUGUGUCUCCUAGGGAGUGUUUGAUAGCCCUCACGUGUAUUAUGUCAUUGUAGAAUCCUAAUAAGUGAGAGUAAAGGUGCCAAGCAUGCAACAGUUUGCAAGUGUGGAUUUAUUAGUACCUCUUACCUGUUAUGCUU